CUAAAUCUGCUGUCUUCUAAUCUCCUCCUUCCACUUUCUCUCUCUAGGAAACUUUUGUCCUUUUCCUCUCACUCUCCCCACGGCAACUUAACUUGCUCAUGGAGGAGGAAGAAGAAGAAACUUCAGCUAAUGCUUCUUCGUCUUCUUCCUCUUCUUUUUCCUGUUCGUCUGCUAAUGUUGCCUGAACGCUGUCAAUUGGGAGCUUCUCCUCACUUACUGAAGCCUCCAUUUCUCUUAUCCUUCUCUUUCUCCUUCUGAUCUCUCUCUCUCUCUCUCUCUCUCUCUCUCUCUCUCUCUUUCUCUCUGUGUCUCUGACGCUCUCACUCUGUUUCUUAGUUAAUCUUAUUAGGUAGAAGUAACAAAUAACCAACAUACUUGAGAUACUUUUAGCAAUGGACCAGUACGAGAUUCUCGAGCAAAUAGGGAAAGGAUCUUUCGGUUCAGCUCUUCUCGUGAGGCAUAAGCACGAAAAGAAAAAGUAUGUCUUGAAAAAAAUACGUCUUGCCCGACAGACCGAUAGGACCAGAAGAUCUGCACAUCAGGAGAUGGAGCUCAUCUCGAAAAUGCGUAAUCCAUUUAUCGUCGAGUACAAAGACUCGUGGGUAGAAAAGGGCUGCUAUGUGUGUAUUGUCAUAGGUUAUUGUGAAGGAGGAGACAUGGCGGAAGCGAUCAAGAAAGCUAAUGCUGUGCAUUUUCCCGAAGAGAAACUAUGCAAGUGGCUUGUUCAGCUUCUAAUGGCCCUCGAGUACUUGCAUGCUAACCAUAUUCUUCAUCGUGAUGUCAAGUGUUCUAACAUAUUCUUGACCAAGGAGCACCAUAUACGCCUUGGUGAUUUCGGCCUUGCAAAGAUUCUAACAUCCGAUGAUCUUACUUCCUCCGUUGUCGGGACUCCCAGCUAUAUGUGCCCGGAGCUUUUGGCCGAUAUUCCUUACGGUUCUAAAUCCGAUAUCUGGUCUUUAGGAUGCUGUAUGUAUGAGAUGACUUCUCUUAAGCCGGCAUUUAAAGCAUUUGACAUGCAAGCACUCAUAAACAAGAUAAACAAGUCUAUUGUGGCUCCGCUUCCGACAAAAUAUUCCGGUCCAUUCCGAGGUCUUGUCAAAAGCAUGUUGAGAAAAAACCCGGAACUCAGGCCAUCUGCUUCAGAUCUGAUUAGACAUCCACAUCUUCAGCCUUAUGUUCUCGAUGUCAAUCUCAGACUCAAUAACCCGAGACGCAGUACAUUGCCUUCACAAUGGCCGGGAUCCAAGAAGAUUGUGAAGAAAACUCGGUUUUCUGAACCCACUGUCAGUUGUCCACCCUUUACAGACAGACGACGCUAUUCUGUCAGGAAUGAUAGAGCUUUGAAUCCCGAGGCUGAGGAAGACUCUGUAUCUUCCAUCAAAUAUAUGAGCCGAAAAAUUUCGGGUUUAUCUGUCGAAAGCAGCAAUGAUGGAGAGGUCAUAUGUAAGCCUGUUACUUCGAGUGUUUCCAAGACCUCGAAAUAUACUCUGAAAAAGGCAUCGACCGCAUCCAGGAGAUUGAUGAAGCCAGGAAGGAAUAGCCACUCGCAUCCGGUUUCAGGUGUUACCCCGAAGAAGAUAGCACCUUCAGCUCGUCGGGCUUCUCUACCGCUCCCGAGAAAGGCUACAACCCAAGAAACUGCGGCCUAUAACCCUACAGUUGGUAUCUUACAAAACGUGAAGUCUCCUGAAGUUUCCAUUAAUGAGCCACGAGUUGACAAGAUAGCUGUUUUCCCGUUAGCCUCGUACGAACAAGACAUCUUCUUCUUUCCGAUGCACGGGAAAACAUCAUCCAAGGGCUCAACUGGCUCGCCCCGGGAAAACAUAGUGAAGGACCGCUCCAUAACGAAAGACAAAUGUAUGGUUCAGACAAGCAAGCCCGGGUUCACAGAGACAACAUGGCAGGGAAUCCAACUGAACUUGUCAUUUUCUGAUCACAAUGCAACCCUCGGUGGCUCGAGCCGGGCUACUACUGCUACUAUGUCCUCGGAUACGAGAAGACGAAGGUUUGACCCUUCAUCGUAUAGGCAACGGGCUGAAGCAUUGGAGGGUCUGCUCGAAUUCAGCGCGAGAUUGUUAGUUGAGGAGAGAUACGACGAACUCAACGUUUUGCUAAAGCCUUUUGGUCCUGGUAAGGUUUCUCCCCGAGAAACAGCGAUUUGGAUCGCCAAAAGCUUGAAGGAGAAUGCCAAUGCCAAACACGAGAGCGACUGAUCUUCGAUCUCGCCCAAGAAAUCAUCUUUCGGUUCGUUUCUAACCGAUCUUUGUUGGAAAAUAGUCGUAGUCAGAACUCAAGUAGUUAUAUGUCUGAAUUUUUAUGCUCAGUGGCUCGGUCUGGAGAAGAAACAUUAGGAACUGAUCUCGGUAGAAUUUGGUUUAGCUCGGUUUGGUUCGGUUAUGCCCCGGUCGAGUUGGUUUGGAUUUAUGCCCGACUUGCUUCAAGGGUUUUAGUAGAGGAGGAAUACUAAAGUUGUAUUGUUGGGAUAAUCUUACCUGUAGCUUUCCACUGGUUUUACCGGUUUAGUUCCGUUAUGUUUUUUUAUC